UAUGGUUGAAGAAGAAGUGCUUGGUAGAAAGCAACGCUUAUUGCAAAUAUCAAACUUAUGUAUAAGCAAAGUGAAGUUAUUAUGUCUUGUUGGAAUGGGUGGAAUAGGCAAGACCACAAUAGCAAAGACAACAUUGAAUAAUGUGAAGCACAUGUAUGAUGCUUCAUGCUUUGUUGAAUGUGAUGGAAGUGGCAGUGAUUGUUACAAAAGAUCUUGCCACAUCUUAGAGCAAUUGAAAGUUGAAGCAAAACCAAAGGAUUUGAAAGACGCACAAGAAAUGUUGAAAUUAUUUUUGAUCAAAAAAAGAGUCAUCAUAAUCUUUGACAAUGUGACAAACAAAAGUCAAAUUGAAGCUGUUGUGCCUAUGGAUGAUUUAUUUUCAAUGAGUGGUAGUACAUUAAUUGUGACAACUCGAAAUGGGGAAGUUAUGGAGCAUUGUGGUAUUGAACUAUGUAAAAUAAAUAUUGAAGAACUUGAUGAAGAAACAAGUUUGAGGUUGUUUAUCACUCAUUCUUGUGGACAUGAAGGCAAAUUGCCUAAUGAACUUGUUGAAGUUGGCAAAAAGAUUGUGAAAGCAUGCAAUGGCCUAUCAUUGAGUUUGAAAGUUAUGGGUGCAUAUUUAAGAGAUAAAAAGAGAUUGAGAUGUUGGGAGCGAGCUUUUCAAAGAUUGAAGAGGGGAAGAGAGUUGGAUGGAGAUGAAAAGAAUAGUGAUUAUAAGAUUUGGAAUAUAUUGAGAGUAAGUUUUGAUAACUUGAGAGUUGAAGAGAAGAAAAUGUUUUUGGAUAUAUGUUGUUUUUUUAACAAUGAUGUGUUUUUGGAAGGCAUGUUGAAAGAAAGAGCAUUGCGAAUAUGGUCCAACAUAGAAGAAAAAAGAGUAAAAGAAGAUAUGGAAUAUACAUUAAAUACAUUGAUUAACCAAUCAUUGAUAAAAAUACACAAAUAUGGAGUUAUAAGAGUGCAUGAUCAACUACGAGACAUGGGUAGAAAGAUUGUUGAAACAGAAAUAGAAUAUACGAACACACGAGUAUGGAAUAUGAAUGAAGAGGCUUUGGAUGGAAUUAGUGAAAAGUUGGAGGGAUUGUGUUACAACAAUAUAAAUGACAAGAAGUUAAGUGAAAUGAGAAGUACAUGCUUUUCUUCACUUCAAUUGUUAAUUUGUAAUGAUGGUGUUGUUACAUCAGGAGAUGAUUUGAGAAGUGUUUUAGAGUUGACAAGACAAUCAGUCAAUUUAAGAUGUUUUCUACUAAGUUGUCCAUACUUGAUAUCAUUACCAAAUGCAUUGGGCAACCUCAUAUCUAUUGCUACUUUUGAUACACAGAGGUGCUCAAGCUUGACAUCAUUGCCAAAUGAAUUAGGUAAUCUCACAUCUUUGACUACUUUAGACAUAAGGGAGUGCUUAAGUUUGAUGUCAUUACCACAUGAAUUGGGCAAUCUCACAUCUUUGACUACUUUAGACAUGAGGGAGUGCUCAAGCUUGACAUCAUUACCAAAAGAACUGGGCAAGCUCACAUCUUUGACUACCUUAAAUAUAAAUGGAUGCUUGAGCUUGACAUCAUUACCAAAUAAAUUGGGUAAUCUCAUAUCUUUGAAUACCUUAAAUAUGGAGCGUUGCAAAAGCUUGAAAUUAUUGCCAAUUGAAUUAGGCAAACUCACAUCUUUCACUAUCUUAAAUAUUAGUGGUUGCUCAUGCUUGAUGUUAUUGCCAAAUGAAUUAGGUAACCUCAUAUCUUUGAUUACCUUAAAUAUGGAAUGGUACAAAAGCUUAACAUCAUUGCCAAAUGAAUUGGGCAAGUUGAAAUCUAUGACUACUUUAAAUAUUGAGUGGUGCUUAAGCUUGACAACAUUGCCAAAGGAAUUGUGCAACCUCACAUCUUUGACUUCUUUAAAUAUGAAGAAGUGUGAAAACUUGACAUCAUUGCCAAAUGAAGUAGGCAAGCUCACAUCUUUGAUUACUGUUAAAUAUGGAGUGGUGCUUAAGUUUGACAUCAUUGCCAAUUGGGGCAAAAGCUUGAUAUCUUUGCCAAAUAAAUUGGACAAACUCACAUCUUUAACUACCUUAAAUAUUAGUGGGUGCUUAUGCUUGAUGUCAUUGCCAAAUGAAUUGGGAAACCUCAUAUCUUUGAUUACCUUAAAUAUGAAUGGAUGCUUAAGUUUGACAUCAUUUACAAAAAAAUUUCGCAACCUCAAAUCUUUCACCACCUUAAAUAUGGAAUGGUGCAAAAGCUUGAAAUCAUUGCCAAAUGAAUUAGGCAACCUGAAAUCUUUGACUACUUUAAAUAUUGAAUGGUGCUUAAGCUUGACAACAUUGCCAAAGGAGUUGGGCAACCUCACAUCU